GCCCGACCUGGGGUCAGCCUCAUCCCCUGUCGCAUGUGCCACUCCUGUAGGCUGGCCCCUAAUGUCUGCCUCUUGCUGCCCACGAGGACUACACGUGGGAUCCCAGCUGCUCCUUGGCUGCCACAGCCUCAAGAUCUGAACGCCCCUUGCUGAGAGGAGCCUGUCACCCUAAACUAGGCCUGCGGGCCUCAGUAAACCAACCUAGACCAGAGUAAGCGAAGAGCAACCUCCCGGCCGGUGUGUGUAAACAGACCUGAGGAGCGCAGAGCCAAGCAUGAAAAAUUCAGAAGCCCAGCACGGGAGCUGCGUUUCCGUGGGAGGCCAGGCUCUGGGCUCAUGCCAAGAUGGACCCCGGGUAGGAGCAGAUGCCAUGCCCAGAGUUGGGGCCAGGUCCCUUUCAUCUCUCAGUGUUUUCAGGUGCCUGCAGGAUGGACCCCUGAUGCUCUGCACGCUCCCCAGCAGUGGUCUCCAGCCUGUCCCCUGCGUGGGUCUUCAUCAUCACCACAGCCAUGUGAGAGAUGGUAGACCCAGAAGAUAGGAGAAGAACUGGAGGCCAUGGUUGGAAGUGGCCCUGGCCCCUUGUUCCUGCCCCCACCCCCAGGAGGCCUCAGGGUCACACACUGAGGAAGAGGACACCAAGUCUGGCUCAGGCUCCAGUUUCCCUGCUUGGCUCCCGGCCCCUGAGGCAGGUGCAGGACAUAGGCAGGCAGGCGUACCUGGACAGGGUCACUGCUGCCUCCUGGAUGGCCCUCUGAGUCAGGAUGGAUGGGGUAGAUCCAGGGGGUCUCUGGGUGAAGAGAUACAAGGGCCAGGUGGGUCCAGCUUCCAACGUUCCCUGAAUUGUGGGUGCCAUCUGCCUGCUGAAUUGGGAGCAGGAAACAGACUUGGCCCUACAUGGGCCCCUGAACCCAACUCUGUAAAGAUCCCAAGUACAGCCCAUGCAGUGGUUAUCUGAGUGUAGCAAUGAGGCUCCUAAAGCCAUUGAGCAAGUUUGCCAAAGGAUCCUGGGGUUAGCUCACCCUGCGCUCCUUGCAGAACAAGGAGCGAUCUCAUGUCCCUAGAUUCAGUAGAGUGUACAGGAGCCCCGACAAAUCCUGGCCCUUGGGUCACUGGGCAGGUAUGAGCCUAGGCACACAGCUCUGGACAUAGGCAUCCCACACUCUUCCCUUGCACACCACACAAGCCCGCUCUUCCCAAACUAGUCAGAUCAGCACAGCCAGGGAACCUGUCUCCUCCACACCGCCACACCUACAUUCAGAGUCAAGGUGUCCCAGGUCCCAUCCCUACCACAGGGACUGACACUCCUCACAAGUCUUAGAGUCUGCCCCAAGACUGCAGGCUGCAUGCCCUUAUAGCCAGAGGGGUGGCCCAGGACACUACUGCAGGCUGCUGGGUGGGGGGGGGGGGCUCACGUGCUCCUGGCAGCAGGAAUCAGAGAAGCAGUAACUGGAUCCUGCUGGCUGCUGAGGGUGGAGGGCUGCGAUCGGGUUGCGGCCCUGCUGUGAGUUUUCCACUGAGUGGCUUUUUUUUACCUUGGGAAAGAGCUAGGCUGGGCUGGGAGUCCAAGCCAGAGGUCUGAGGGUCCCUGAAGUGGUGAGCAGGAAGGGGAAAGGCCAGGAGGUGUGGGGUCUCCAGGGUGGCCACAGGGCCCAAAGCUUGGGCUCAGGCACUUUAAGGAAAGACAAGGAAGUGGUCAGCUCUGUUUCAGUUUUGCAGGGCAUCAAGCCUUGCCCUUGGUGCAUCCCAGGAGCCUCUGAAAUCCAAGCUGGGGGUAAUGCAAGGUGGCCUCUGUUCCUAAGCCGGCACAUCUCUGAUCCGCCCUCCUCACCCGCCCUCGGCUGCCCAGCGGCCAUGUAAGAUCUGCCUGGGUGGCCAAGGCCACAGGGCAGAGGUGGCAUUGGAGCAGGCAGUGUCCAUGACGCUGGCUGGGCUUGGGGACUAAGGGCCAACUGAGCUGACCUGGGCCUCUGGGGGGGCCACAGGGCCCCUGAAUACUCGGAGAGAACUGUCUGAGGCGACCUGGAAAAUGCCAACCAACGGCCUGCACCAGGUGCUGAAGAUCCAGUUUGGCCUCGUCAAUGACGCGGACCGCUACCUAACGGCAGAGAGCUUUGGCUUCAAGGUCAACGCCUCAGCACCCAGCCUCAAGAGGAAGCAGAUAUGGGUGCUAGAGCCUGACCCAGGACAGGCUGCUGCCGUGCUAUUCCGCAGCAGUCACCUGGGCCGUUACCUGUCAGCGCAAGAAGACGGGCGCGUGGCCUGUGAGAGGGAGCAGCCAGGCCGGGACUGCCGCUUCCUGGUCUUGCCGCAGCCCGACGGGCGCUGGGCGCUGCAGUCAGAGCCCCACGGCCGCUUCUUCGGCGGCACUGAGGACCGGCUGUCCUGCUUUGCCACAGCCAUCUCGCCAGCGGAGCUGUGGGCAGUGCACCUGGCCAUCCACCCGCAGGCCCACCUGCUGAGCGUGAGCCGGCGGCGAUACGUGCAUCUGUGCCCGCAGGAGGAUGAGAUGGCUGCGGAUGGCGACAUGCCGUGGGGCGUGGAUGCCCUGCUGACGCUCAUCUUCCAGAGCCGGAGGUACUGCCUCAAAUCCUGUGACAGCCGAUACCUGCGCAGUGACGGCCACCUUGUCUGGGAACCUGAAGCCCGUGCCUGCUACACACUCGAGUUCAAGGCUGGUAAGCUGGCCUUCAAGGACUGCGAUGGCCGCUACCUGGCGCCCAUGGGGCCUGCGGGCACACUCAAGGCUGGCCGCAACACGAGGCCCGGCAAGGAUGAGCUCUUUGACCUGGAGCAGAGUCACCCGCAGGUGGUGCUGCUGGCUGCCAACCACCGCUAUGUCUCUGUGAGGCAAGGAGUCAAUGUCUCAGCCAAUCAGGAUGAAGAACUGGACCAUGAGACCUUCCUGAUGCAAAUUGACCAGGAGACAAAGAAAUGUACCUUUUACUCAAGCACUGGGGGUUACUGGACCCUGGUUACUCAUGGGGGCAUUCAGGCCAUAGCCACACAAGUUUCUGCCAACACCAUGUUUGAAGUGGAAUGGCAUGGUCGCCGGGUGGCACUUAAAGCCAGCAAUGGGCGCUACGUGUGCAUGAAGAAGAAUGGGCAGCUGGCAGCCAUCAGUGACUUUGUGGGUGAGGAUGAGGAGUUCGUCCUCAAGCUCAUCAACCGGCCCAUCCUGGUGCUGCGCGGCCUGGACGGCUUCGUGUGCCACCACCGCGGCUCCAACCAGCUGGACACCAACCGCUCGGCCUACGACGUCUUCCACCUGAGCUUCCGCGACGGCGCCUACCAGAUCCGAGGCCGCGGAGGCGGGUUCUGGUACACCGGCAGCCACGGCAGCGUGUGCAGCGACGGCGAGCUGGCCGAGGACUUCCUCCUGGAGUUCCGCGAGCGCGGCCGGCUGGCCGUGCGCACCCUGAGCGGCAAGUACCUGCGCGGCGGCGCCUCGGGGCUGCUGCGCGCAGACGGCGACACGCCGGCGGGGGACGCGCUCUGGGAGUACUGAGGACACGAAGGACCAGCCGCAAGCACCAGACCUACGCCACCCAGCAUUAAACCGUGUUUUUCUCGCA